UGGGGAGGAGUCCUUUCCCAAUAUAAGGGGAAUAAAGAAGUCAUUUCCUCAGCUGUCAUCAUCUUCCAGCAGAUUGAGCAAGAAUAUUUCAAGCACUACAGAAAAGACAGCCCAGCAAACCAUAAAUCAUGAUCAGCCAUGUGAUUUUUUCCAGAAAGGGAAUAGGAUGAAUAUAUCUCAUCAGAAAAGCAGCAAUAUGAAUGCUGGCCCAUCUUGGAGUAAAGUACAGUGCUCAAAGAAUUCGUCAGUAAAAAGGCAGAGCAGAUCCCAAGCCCCCCACGUUUCCCCCCAGCCAAGAAGCAGCCUUGGAAGCAUCCCCCAGCUGACUGAGGACAGACUUAAAGAAGGCGUCUCCCCCAAAGACAAACCUGAGAGGAGUCUCCUCAGUUCCGGGUGUCGGGGGGCCUCAGGGAACAAACUGUUUCUUGACUUCCAGUCAAUGAAAAUUAUGAAAGACACCGAUGAGGACAGCGCGAGCGACCUCUCUGAUUCGGAGAGAGUCCCCGUUCCUCCUUCUCCCCUCACACCUCCAGAUCUUAACCUUCGAGCUGAAGAAGUUGAUCCCAUUGACUUCAGUCUUCAUCCAGGUCAGGGCUCUGCAAAGCCUGAGUACUGUUACCCUGACUUCCUUCCACCCCCUUUCAACUCUUGGGACCUCCGGGACAUGGCUGGGCUCCCACACGCAGAGCACAGGACUGGAGUCGGGCUGCGAACUGGAGGACUUCUCGGGAAGUACAUUGAUAGGCUUAUUCAGCUUGAGUGGCUGCAGAUACAGACCGUACAGGGCGAGAGAGGAAAGGCGGCCAAAGCCAGGCCUCCCACAGCCCCCGGGACUGCAGGACCUCUGAAAAGCCCUGGGCGAAGAAAGCUCUUUGCAAGCACUCUAUCCAAGCCUCACCAUGAAGGGGCUUCAAAGUCAGGCCCUGCAUGGAAGAAAGACUUUCACCACGAAGAAGCCCUUCCAUCAUAUUGUACAUCAGAGACAUCCUCCCAGUCCCUCUGUGUGCUGAGUAGUAGUAGAUUAGGUUCUCAGAAGCAGACUCUUGACAUGAGGACAGAGGAGAAGAAAAAGAAAUCAAAGAAGAGUAGCAAGCUGCAGCGCUGGGACUUACCCUGUAGUGACGGCAGCCUUUGGAUUGAGAGCAGUGGUAACAUUCGGAUUCCCAAGCAGUCGGGGCUGAUGGUGGACUCCACCGACUCCCAGAAGGCCUCCAGAACACCAGCGCGUGUGAACCUGAAGAAAAAGGGAAACGUCAAUAACUGUGGCCAUGCCACUCUAUCCAGUGAGAAGAAACUCAAAACAAAUGGGGUAAAGCAAAACACAUUUAAGUUCAAACCAUAACCAAAAUGCUGGCUUGCGAAGACCUGCAAAUAUCUAAGUAUUAGACCUUUUCCAAAAGUUACAGCCCUGUGAUUUUUAAGAAAUGUUACUAUUGACAUUUUAGUGUAGACCCCACCCAACCCAGGCAUACUAGCAUUGUUUCCAAAGUAAGGUGUCCUUCAAUAAGCCUUUCUUUGUAUUGACAGUCUUAAGCAAAUGAGAGCCCUUCAGUUAAAAGUUGUUCUAGGUCUAUGUCAUACAAAGAAAUAAACUGACAGGUCUCCUGGGGAGGAACAAAAUAAACUCUGAACAGCAGUUCGCCAUGUACACCAGCAGUGGUGAUGUUUAACUCCCCGUUUUCACUGCACAUAAAUGCAUGAACUAGUGCAACUGCUCUAAACGGUUUAGAAUUGGAAACGUCUGAAAUGGGGCGCUCGGCAGCCGCCUCAUAACCUGUGCAAAGAGGCCUCUUCAGUUUACAGGUGACAGUGAAGCCCAUUUUCGUGUUCUCUAAACUGAGGCUAACAUAGUGCACAGACUGGGCAGGUGGAAUGCCGUGGGCUUAAGUGUGAUCCUUGCUAUCUGGUGGGAGGUAAGAAUGGCACAUCGGGCACCCUAGCAUUUCUCUGGAGAGAAGCCACGGGAAAGGCACCUUUACAGAGCUUGUAAAUGAAGGGCCUAUAAUCCAGAUAGAAACAUGGAGCCACUGUGAAUGUAAGAGUUAUUACAGGCCUGUUUUGGUACCUGGAUCCUGCUGUCCAUAAUCAGAAUAAUGAUGAGCUGUUUCGGUUUGCAAGAGCAGGAUUGUGCAAUCUUGCCGGAGGGCACAGGGGAGAGGACACAUUUCAAGAAGGAGGGCCACCGGAAGAUGGAUCAAGUUACUGGGUGGUUCCUUCUUAUUUAUCUGCAGUUAGGUCACACCUACCUGCCCCUCCUGUGUGCUAUGAGGCUUCUUUUGGUAUCACAGUGAAUAUCUUUAAAGCCUCUGGUUGACUACUUCUCAAUAGACAGUGUGGUUUAAUGACUGUAGCUGAUUGGUUAUCCCUUUGAACAAUGAUUCUGUUUGCUGUUUUACAUGUUUCUGUUUUUUUACCUUUGGGGCAAAUGAAAAUCUUAGCACUUUUCAUUUGCAAAUGUAGAGUAGCCUGCAGACUUUCACACCGCGGGCAUGCAAGGCAUUUUUAAAGUUAACAUCAGGACAAGAUGAGUUUAUCAUGAAAAUGAGUAAAAGUUCAAUAUCAAGAUUGCCUUAAAAUCUGAUUUUAAUCAUAUUAAACAACAUAUAAAAUUUUUAUGAUAGUCUUUUUCUUCCAGUACUUUAUUUCCAGAUUUUUCCAGAUUCCCUCCUUAAUCUGCCACACCACCUGGAGAAAGCAUGCUCUCACGCUAAGGUCUCCCACCUUUUUAUAUGAACCGAAGAUGUCCACCUAGUAGGCAUUGCUUCUCUGGCUCUCAGUUAACACUGUGACUCUUGUACUCAGUAUAUACAUUGCAUUUUGAAGAUAGCACUUUUCUUAUCCUCACUGUGGCUCCUGAGUGGUGCCCCAUGCGUCCCUCACCUGCCCUCCUCCUCGUGAGCGCAGAUGGACUAGUCCUUGUACAUGCUGGCACCUCAUGAUUUUCCCUGCUAGCUUUUUUUCUGCAGCUCUUGAUUAAGUUUCAGGGCUGAUAAUCUCUGAAGUACAUACUCCUGGUAUUAUACUAAGUGGUUUGCACUGAGUUGCCGCUUUUCCCCAUCAUGCACCUGAGGGGUCCUCUUGGAGAUGCUGAUGGGUGACGUGGCCAGGGUCUACCUCUCCAGCCUGUGUACAUCUGAGCUGAAGACCAUCCUGAUUACAAAAUUUAGAGGAAAUUCCUCAGAUGUUACAUGUAUUCUGUGCUCUUUGAAUUGAAUUGUUUAAUUUGGGGAACAGUCAUAAUGUCUUACAUGUUAAGACACUUUUAAAGCCUGAAACAGUGACUUGGCUUGUUUAUGGUUUUGCCUCAGGUCGAUGGCUUCUUUUAACCAAUAUAGUGGUUAGAUCCGAACUCCUAAUGAACAGCAUAGGUUCAUUACAGAAUGUAAGCACAAUUUUAUGAUUUCUGAUAUGCAUAUCUAAUACAUCUUAACAUGUUAAAGGCUGUAGAUAAGAAUCUUGUCAUUUUCAAGUAGACAACAUUGGAAGGUUAAGUCUGAACUAAUUCAGUUCAUCAAGUCUCAGCACUGAACGUUACGCUAGGUAAGUGACAGGAGUCACUGUAUUUCUAAGAAGUGCCUCUCAUUUCUGGGGAGUUGCUUACUUAUGUGUUGCAUUUAAACCAAUUAAGGUUAAAAAAAAUUUAGAGACUGUAAGAACUACUUCUCAGGGUUGGCAUCAGUGGAAAAAGUUGUGAAAAAUAUAAAAAAAUGAACUAUAAAAAUAUAUCAGUAUUAACUACAAGUGUUUAAACUGAGACUAUUUCUCAAAUCUUUAAUGACUAAACUGGCUGAAAGUUUGUAAUGAACUUGAAUCAUGUGGGAUUGAUGACCUAUGACUAAAGAGGUAGGGGAGACGUCCUUGGUCUUCUGAUAGCUACUAGCUGAAAGGUCCAUGUUUGUAGUGGUUCUAGGUCCAUUGGCUUAGUUUCCAAAAAGGCAGAAGAACUUCCACCUUACGUGAUUUAAAAUUGUUAUUGCCUCUUUUGUUUAUGCACACUUACUUGAGUAGUUACCUAAAAAUGUAAAAGCCUUGGUGCUAUUGCACUUCAAAGGUAAUAGAGAAGCAGUAUUUACUAUUUAUUCAUGUACCUGUACAAAGCUCCAUUCAAAAUGGCCUAAAAAUAUUCAGCACGUUUGCUGUUUGCUGUUAUAAUUAUUGUACACUUGGCUUUGUAUAAAAUAAAACAGGAUUUUUCCUUC